UUCAUUUUCAGACUUUUAUUUUGGAGGGUGUCUGAGCCAACGCUGCCCGGAAGUGAUCAGCUGACGUUUCAUGGUUUUGAUUAGGCUGCAAAAUCUCGAAGAUGAGCAGAGCCAAGCCAGAGGACGAUGAGUACUGGAACAGCUCCAAGUUCAGCGCCUUCACCUUCGAUGAUGAAGAUGAUGAGUUCACUAAGAUGAAAGAAUCAAAGCGUGCCGUGAACAGCAUUCUUGUUGAUGAUGAUGACGACGACGAUGAUGUUGAGAAGGUCAGCUGGAGUGGGGAGCCUAUUGGAAGUAUCUCCUGGUCAGUCAAAGAGACGGCUUCCAGCUUUCGUUCCAGUGGGGAACAGAGCUUUCCAAAAAUCGACACUGCCCCCUCGUUGCCUAAACAGGGUUCUGGUUACUCCUUAAGUUCCUUGUUCAAAGCAAAGAGCAAGCCCUUCCAGUCAUUUUCGGAAUCUUUUACUGAUACAUCAACCAGAGCUUAUGCACCAGAACUGCGCAAACCGAAGUCGGAGUGUAAGGAUUAUAUGAGCGACUGGAGCCCUGAGGAGACAGUUCGACGGAUGCGGAAAGGAAGGGCGUAUUCCCUGGAAAGGUUCCACUCUCUGCAGGAUAAAUUGCUGCUGUUGGACGAGGCAGUCAGCUUACAUGAUGGCAAUGUUAUAACUGCUGUAUUAAUAUAUUUAAAGAGGUCAUUAAGUAAAGAAAUCCUCUUCCGGGAGUUGAUGGUGAGGGAAGUAGCUUUGCGGCAUUAUGUUCACUAUCUGAAAGAGAUGGGCGAGCAGAAGCUUUUGGUGGAGCUGAUGAAGGCCCUUGGCAGAACAGAGGAUAUGGCAUUAAUGCAGUACAAGGAGCAUUUGAAUAUAAAGGACGAAGGCCGAAGAAGGGACUUCCUUAAAAGUUGUCUAAGUCUUCCUUUCUCACAAGAUGAUGCCAUGCAUGUACAAGACCAUUACACACUUUUGGAGAGACAGAUCAUCAUAGAGGCAAAUGACAAGCGGGGGGAGGCAGAAAUCUUUAGGAAAUACCCUAGAAAGGCUUCCAUCCUGAACAUGCCACUGAUCACCACACUUUACUACUCCUGCUUUUACCACUACGGAGAACCCGAGGGUACUUUCAGCAGCCCCGCUAACAUCAGGAAAACAUUCAGGAUUUCAGAAAAGCAGUACAUCCUCACAGCUCUUGGAGCCAGGGCAAAGUUGAAAUCCUGGUUUGAUGUGGAUAGUUUAUUCAACACCAAGAACUGGCUGGGUUACACCAAGAAAAGAUCCCCCAUCGGCUUUCACAGAGUGGUGGAUAUCCUGCAGAAAAACAAUGCACCUGCCCAGGUGUUGCAAGAAUAUGUGAAUUUGAUCGAUGACCCAGAGCUGAGGCUGAGCCUGGCUCAGAAAUAUAAAUGUCAUGACAUUGUGAUUGAUACAUACAAAGAUCUGAAGGACCGGCAGCAGCUGAUUGUGUAUCAGGGUAAAGUGGAGCGUGGCUCACAUGAAGACAGAAAGAUUGAGGAGCUGAUAAAUAACAUGCAAAUCAGGUGGAAGAACUGACCUUUGAAGGCUGAGGGGUAAUAUUUUUUCAGCUGAUGCACGGCCAAACUUCAUAAAAGGACUUAAAAGCUGUCGUAGUAUUAACACAGUCUGAGAGCAGCCUUUUUAGUUUUUCUGUGUUGGUGGAUCAAAAGGAGGACGGUCACAGAUCCACAAACAAGUCAUACUUCCUUCACCUGCCUUUUCAUUAUCAUAUUGCCAUCUGCAUCUUGGAAUAUAUUUUCCUGGCUUGUCAUGGCCGUAGAGCUGCCAAGUGUCCUUUUGCCAACAACAGUGAAAAACUAACUUGCAUUUUGAGGAAGAAAUGCAUAACCGGGAGCGGCUGAACUGCACAGACCAUUGUAUGUUGUCCUUAUUUACAUCACUGUCAGUCUGUAUUGAACAUUCCUGAUUAAUGGAUUUUUGUAUCAAAAAGGUGAACACGAAUUUAUUUAAUAAAAACAUAUUUAAACUGUU